AUGGUAUACGGACACGCAUGCUGGAUUGGUCAAGAGCCCGACCUUGCGUCCAAUCAGCUUCGGUGGGCGUUACCUGCAGCUGGGGAGGCUAGCUGCCAGUGCACGGAUAUGAAACUGGGCGGGGUCAACCUGUUCCAGCCCCGGCGACCGUUGCAUGUGCAGCAUUUUGAUGCGCCACUUGGGUUACAUGCAGUCAAGAAGGCACUCAACUGCACUGCGAAAGAAGUGUGUGUAGCUGAAGGACCUCUUGGUAUGGGGGAUCGUCGUAUACAUAAUGACCACAUCACGGCCUCCUCGCAAUCUAACUUGUUCAACCACGCACCCUGGAAGGCUCGCCUUACAACUGACGGCACCUUCUCUGUGUGGUGUAACAAUCCUAGGACGGACCCGGCCCCGUGGAUACAGGUGGACUUUGCACGUGACCUCUACGUCACUGGUCUGGUCAUCCAAGGGCGGUCCUUGUACAACCAGUACGUCAUGAGCUACGAGUUGGCACUGAGCAUGGACGGAGAGAUUUGGCAGCCCCUGACUAAUGCUGACGGGACGGCCAGGAGGUUCACCGGUAACGAAGACAGCGUCAACGUAGCAGCCACUGAGUUCGAGGUGAUCCAGCGCACCCGAUUCCUGCGCAUUCUGUCAACAGAGUGCCACUCGAGAUGCUGCAUGCGUUUUGAGGUGAUGGGCUGCGAUCGCACGGAGCUGAACCCAUAG